GCCGAGGGGGCGGUGCCGGGCGGCGGAGCGGCCGCGGGUCCGGGGGCUGUGCCCGUGUCCCGCUGGCGCUCGGAGGGAGGAUGAGCCAGCGCCUCCCCGGGGCUCAGCGGGCGGCGCCGCCCGCGCAGGUUAUAAAGCAGCUAAAUGGAGUCUGAGCAGCUGUUUCAUAGAGGCUACUAUCGAAACAGUUACAACAGCAUAACUAGUGCAAGCAGCGAUGAGGAGCUUUUAGAUGGAGCAGGUGUAAUUAUGGAUUUUCAGACCUCUGAAGAUGACAAUCUCUUGGAUGGUGAUGCAUCCAUUGGAACUCAUUAUACAAUGACAAAUGGAGGAAAUAUCAACAGUUCAACACAUUUAUUGGACCUUCUGGAUGAGCCAAUUCCUGGAGUUGGAACAUACGAUGACUUCCAUACCAUUGACUGGGUUCGAGAGAAAUGCAAAGACAGAGAAAGGCAUAGACGGAUUAACAGCAAGAAGAAAGAAUCAGCAUGGGAGAUGACAAAAAGUUUGUACGAUGCAUGGUCAGGAUGGUUGGUAGUCACAUUAACUGGUUUGGCAUCAGGGGCAUUGGCAGGAUUAAUUGACAUAGCUGCUGACUGGAUGACUGACCUGAAGGAAGGCAUUUGCCUUAGUGCUUUGUGGUUUAACCAUGAACAGUGUUGUUGGGGUUCAAAUGAGACCACAUUUGAAGAGAGAGAUAAAUGUCCACAGUGGAAAACAUGGGCAGAACUAAUAAUUGGGCAAGCAGAAGGUCCAGGUUCAUACAUAAUGAACUACAUCAUGUACAUUUUCUGGGCUUUGAGCUUUGCCUUCUUAGCAGUUUCUCUGGUGAAGGUAUUUGCUCCCUACGCCUGUGGCUCAGGGAUACCUGAGAUAAAAACUAUUUUGAGCGGAUUCAUCAUCAGAGGUUACUUGGGGAAGUGGACUUUGAUGAUAAAAACAAUUACUUUAGUCUUGGCUGUUGCAUCAGGUUUGAGUUUAGGAAAAGAAGGUCCUUUGGUACAUGUUGCCUGCUGCUGUGGGAAUAUUUUUUCCUACCUCUUUCCAAAAUACAGUACAAAUGAAGCUAAAAAAAGAGAGGUGUUGUCAGCUGCCUCAGCAGCAGGGGUUUCUGUAGCCUUUGGUGCCCCAAUUGGUGGAGUCCUUUUCAGUCUGGAGGAGGUCAGUUACUAUUUCCCACUGAAAACUUUAUGGAGAUCGUUUUUUGCUGCUUUAGUAGCUGCAUUUGUUUUAAGGUCCAUAAAUCCUUUUGGUAAUAGCCGCCUAGUUCUUUUUUAUGUGGAAUAUCACACUCCUUGGUAUCUUUUUGAACUGCUUCCUUUUAUUCUUCUGGGAGUAUUUGGUGGGCUCUGGGGAGCAUUUUUCAUCCGAGCAAAUAUUGCAUGGUGUCGCCGACGCAAAUCUACAAAAUUUGGGAAGUAUCCUGUCCUGGAGGUUAUUAUUGUUGCAGCAAUAACAGCUGUGAUUGCAUUUCCUAAUCCAUAUACAAGGCUAAACACCAGUGAGCUUAUUAAGGAGCUCUUCACAGACUGUGGGCCAUUAGAAUCCUCCUCACUCUGUGACUACAGAAAUGAUAUGAAUGCAAGCAAAAUUGUAGAUGAUAUUCCGGACCGCCCAGCAGGCACUGGAGUCUACUCAGCUAUAUGGCAGUUGUGUUUAGCACUCAUAUUUAAAAUAAUCAUGACAGUCUUCACUUUUGGUAUCAAGGUUCCAUCUGGGUUGUUCAUACCUAGUAUGGCAAUUGGAGCAAUAGCAGGAAGGAUUGUAGGAAUUGCAGUGGAGCAGCUGGCUUACUACCAUCAUGACUGGUUCAUUUUCAAGGAAUGGUGUGAAGUUGGAGCUGACUGUAUUACACCUGGUCUUUAUGCCAUGGUUGGUGCUGCUGCAUGCUUAGGUGGUGUGACAAGGAUGACUGUGUCCCUGGUAGUUAUUGUCUUUGAGCUAACAGGAGGGCUGGAAUAUAUUGUGCCCCUAAUGGCUGCAGUCAUGACCAGUAAGUGGGUAGGAGAUGCCUUUGGUAGGGAAGGCAUCUAUGAAGCACACAUCCGACUGAAUGGAUAUCCUUUCUUGGAUGCAAAGGAAGAAUUCACUCACACAACACUGGCUGCUGAUGUGAUGAGACCUCGCAGGAGCGACCCACCUUUAGCAGUUCUGACGCAGGAUAAUAUGACUGUCGAAGACAUAGAAACCCUGAUCAAUGAAACCAGCUAUAAUGGUUUUCCUGUCAUUAUGUCAAAGGAAUCGCAGAGACUUGUGGGGUUUGCUCUAAGAAGAGAUUUAACUAUUGCAAUAGAAAGUGCUAGAAAGAAGCAGGAGGGGAUUGUUGGCAGUUCCAGGGUAUGUUUUGCCCAGCAUACCCCAUCGCUUCCAGCAGAAAGCCCUCGACCUUUGAAGCUCAGAAGUAUACUUGAUAUGAGCCCUUUCACCGUGACAGACCACACACCAAUGGAAAUAGUGGUGGAUAUUUUCCGGAAGCUGGGUCUGAGGCAGUGCCUUGUAACACACAAUGGGCGCCUCCUUGGCAUUAUAACAAAAAAAGAUAUCCUCCGUCAUAUGGCCCAGACGGCAAACCAAGACCCCGCCUCCAUAAUGUUCAACUGAAACCCAUAGCUGAGGAGAGAGAGGAAACUGAAGAGGAGGUUCAUUUGUUGAAUAGCACAACACUUUAGUCUGGGGAAAACUUCUAAAAUCAGAGAUGAGCUGGGUUUUUAUGUAACAGUGCUGCUGGCAAUCAGGAGUCAGUCUGGGGGAGCAUGUGGCGAGGAGGAAGGCUGAUGGGAGUGUGGGAAGGGAGAGCUGCUGUCCUGCACUGGAUGCGUCCCGAGACAUCAGGUCUGCCAUGAUAGUGCAGUGGGUGAGCCAUGCGAAAUGGUGCCAUUCUCCAGCCCAGCCUGGUACUUCAGCAUUGAAGAGAUAUGUUAAUAAUCCCUGUUUCUAGAGGGAUCAUUCUGAAUUGAGCCAUCUUGUGGAGACUGAAAGGUCUUGCCCUUUUUACCAUUGAAAACUGUUGUGUUAACUCAUGAAACGUAUUAACUAUUACUCGUCACCUUUCUACAUUCCAGAAGAGCUUUAUUUCUCUCUCUCCUGAGCUGUAACAAAGCCUCUUUAAAAUUGGUGUGCCCUUUUGAAGCAGCUGUUUCUCAUAUUGAGAUGUACUAUGAGUUAUUGAGGUGUGAUCACAAGAAGGGAGGUUUUUCUUGUGCCAUUAAAUGUGUAAGUUCGUACAUCACGAAAUGCUUGGGGCAGUGCAGAUCCACUGCAACAAAACCAGAUUGAACAGGUAAUAGUUUCCAAGAACCAUGCGAGACUUCUUUCCACCCGUGUGCUGUCAUGAUAUGAGAAAACUAAAACCAGGUGAAACCAGUAUUUUAAAGAAAAAUACUGGUUUUGCUGCAGAAAAUAUCAAUAAUGUGACCUGGUCUUAUGCAAUUUUUGUAUUACUGAACACACUAUGAUAUAUAUACCAAUGUUGUGCAGUAUAAGGAAAAAUACUGCUAUUCUACUAGUUUAAGAGCUGGAACAAUUCUAUAUACGUGUAUCUGGUAAAAAAAUGCAUGCUUCAACACUGGAGAACUUUUCCCCCCCUGUAAAAUUUGAGAAUGGUCAUUUUUGUUUUUUCUUCUCCACAAAAGACGUUCCACUGCUGACAUGGUAGGAAGAAAUGUAACUCAUAAUUUGCACUAAAUGUAUAUUAUUUUUCUUGAAGUUUUACCAUUCUUUAUUUAUAUUUGUAUGGAUUAAUAAUUAUAUUAAAUAUGAAUCAGUUGAUAUCUCACAUAACUAAUUACCUUUUUAAUGUGAUUUUAUAAAAUAAUUCAUAAUCCUCUGCAAGUAACGGAGGAUUUGCAAAUGUUUACAACUAGAUGAAGGGUUUCAAGAAAAUGGCUUCUUUAUGAUCCAACAUACAUACAAGAUCAUUUUCAAAUGUAACUUUCACUGCCGUUACCUUGAAUUUCCUUUUUUCUUUACUAGCAGAUAACUGGAACAGUAAUAGUAGGGUUUGAUUUAAAAAAGAAACCCACAGGGUUUUAAAAGUAAUAGGAGAAAGCAACUAUUAGAUUGCUUUUGACUCUUCUUUUCUCCCAACUAUAUAAAGGUGUAAAUUAUAUGCAGUCACACCUGAGCAGCAGGGCAGAAUUGAAUCCAGUACUUGAAACUGCAGGACUUAAAAUUCAGCAGCAACACACACACACUCAGAGGUGAACUGACAGACCCCUAACUUCUUUACAGUACAUUCCUAUUCAUUUUAUCAGACCACCACCAGAACUGCAUGCAGAGAAAAAAUGACAAUAUGCUAUAAGCCUAAAUUAGGAAGGAAAAAAAAAAAUCUGGCUGACAAAAAUGUUUGUAACAUGAGGUUGGAUAAAAUGUCUUCAACUAUUAUGCUCACAAGAUUGCAAAAAAUGGCAAGAAUAUAAACACUAAGAGUCUAACAUAAUAAUCCUAAAUAUCUCUAAGGCAUUCAUCACAGUUACCUCAAACAUCUUAUUCACAAAGUAAUCAGUAUAAUUUUAUCUUAAGUACAAUAACACAAUGAACCAAAAUUCUGGCACUUUUGCUGAGCUGCACAAAAAUGGUUGUGCUUAAGUGCACUGUUGAAUUUAAACCGAUUUUCCUUAGUUAAGAACUGCCAUCUACAUUUUAUCAUCUUGGUUCCAACUGGAACUGGUAGAAAGUGAAAUGUGCCGGGGGAUCACAGAGAUCAGGCGCUGUAUUAAAAACAGGUUUGUAAAUGAAACAGGGAAUUGGGCUAUGUAAAAAUGGGAGGAUGGCAACAACCAGUUUUGUUCUUCCAUGUGAAGUCAGUGCUAGUUGUUAAAAAUUUGUUCUGCUGUGUUACAUAAGCUUGAAGAGGAAGCUUCACAAAGAGCAGGAUUAGACCUAUUUACAGAAGGCAGCUCUGGAAGUUGUGACAUUGAUUUCUGUUGUCUAAUUUUUUUUUUCCUACAGUGGAAGAAUACAAACUCAGUACACAUACAAAAAUCACUUUAAAUCAGUUUGAAAUCUCUGCCAUGUGUGGUGUUAUUGUAAAACACUGCUGUGUGUACUGUAUUAACAUGCACCUAAUUCUAGAGACUACUGUCUGAAUUAAAAUACAGUUCACACUCCUGCUGUGUUUCAUUUCUGUAUGGAUCCUGAGAGCUGCACAUAAAUUGUGCAUCUCUGUUUACUCUUAGCCUGCUAAGCUUUCCCUGCUGACAUUUUGAAAUGUCGUCUGGUAAACAUGCAGUAGAGGUUCAGUUAAUGAAGUAUGUGUGCCUGUGCUGUGCAACAAAAAAUUUCUAAUGUGAAACUUGCAGCGCCUUACUCAAAUUACUAAUUAAAAAAAAAAAAAAAAAAAAAAAGGUGGUGGAUGGGAGGGGGAAAGUGUCAGCAUUUUUUUAUUUUUUAAAUCAUUCAGAUACUGGUUCAUGAAGAAUGCAUUCUUUGUUAAUCUGUGAUGUUGCCUAGAGCUGUAUUUAAUAUUGAUCUUAAUGUUUUUAUUUAUAAUAGUGUGGUAGGACUGCAUAUCAUUACAGUAAAAAUUCUCGUUACUGUGAUGAUUUAAUCAAGCAUUAAAAACUUCUGUAUUACCA